GCACAAUUCCAUAAGAAGACAGUUAAAUCUUUCCAAUCCAGACUUUGACAUCCAACAGUACCAAAGACAGGAAAAGCCAGUGGACAUUGGACGGAUUAAGCCCGAGUUAUACAAACAGAGGUCAGUGGACACUGAUGAUGGGCGGAGGAACAAUCGCACAUGUGGCAAACUUAACUUUGUGCUGAAGUACGACUGCGACUUGGAACAGCUGAUUGUCAAAAUUCACAAGGCUGUCAACCUGCCUGCCAAGGACUUUUCGGGAACAUCCGACCCUUACGUGAAGAUAUACUUGCUGCCAGACCGUAAAACCAAACACCAGACUAAAGUCCACCGCAAAACUCUCAACCCUGUCUUCGAUGAAGCCUUCCUGUUUUCUGUGCCCUACAACGAGCUGGCCAAUCGGAAACUUCACUUCAGUGUCUACGACUUUGACAGGUUUUCCCGCCACGACGUGAUUGGCCAAGUGGCUGUUGACAAUUUCCUCGACUUGUCUGAGUUUCCUCGAGAGACCAUGCUGUGGAGGGAUAUUUUACAUGUCACUUCGGUAAGU